AUGGAGGUUCUACCUAAAGAAGUUGUCCAACAGUUGAAGACGAUUGGCGAAAACGACGCAUUGAGUUGGCAGCAAAGACUUCAGGAAAUCGACAAAGUCUUUUCCUUACUACCAUCCGAAAUCAUCGAUAAACUUCCUCACCCACCAUUUUUCAAGCGCCUACCGAAGGAGACGCAGGAUAAGAUUAACCAGAUUAGGCGAAAUAAGACAAUGACAUGGGGUGAACGUCUUGGAAAGAUUCACGCCCUCGUUUCCUCGUUGCCGGAAAAUCUUCGCCCCAGAUUCCCGUUCCCGCCACCACCACCAGGAGGGCCAAGAGGAGGAGAUCUGCCACCGGGCUUUGAUGAAGUUCUACCCAAGGACGUUAUGGACAAAGUGAAAGCUAUUAGAGAGAACAGCGCUUUAUCCGACAGGCAAAAACAUGAGAGAGUCGAAGAUAUAUUGUCGUCAUUACCCGCGGACAUCGUCGAGAAACUCCCACUUCCUCCAUUUUUCCAAGACCUACCGGAAGAGAUUCGUAAGAAGGUCACAAAGAUACAUCGCGACACGAGUAUGACAUGGAGGGAGCGUCACCGAAAGAUCUUUGAGAUCAUUGAAUCACUACCAGAAGACCAACGCCCCAUGUUUCCGCCACCUCCACCACCACCAUCGCCACGAAUGUUCAAAGGAGGUAAGAAAUCGGAAAGAUUAUAA